AUGGGCCUUGUGUCUUUGUCAGAGCAAAAACGCAAGCUGAGGGUUUUCAUCUCCAACACGUACUACCCCGGCAAACCGGAUGCGGAGGAAGAUGAUUCCAGCGUUCCAUCCUGGGAGCUGAGAGUGGAAGGGAGACUACUAGAGGAUCCAAGUGCACCCAAGUAUGACACACGGCAGAAGCGCAAGUUUUCUUCUUUCUUCAAGAGCCUGGUCAUCGAGCUUGACAAGGACCUCUACGGACCGGACAACCAUCUUGUUGAGUGGCAUCGUACCAAUGCUACAACAGAGACCGAUGGUUUCCAGGUGAAGCGUCCGGGAAACGAGAAUGUGAAGUGUACCCUUCUACUGCUUCUGGAUCACCAGCCUCCCCAGUACAAGCUGGACCCUCGUCUAGCCCGGCUCCUCGGCGUGCACACCCAGACCCGCCCCGUGAUCAUCAAUGCCUUGUGGCAGUACAUCAAGUCCCACAAGCUCCAGGACCAACACGAGAGGGAGUAUAUCAAUAAUGACGCUUACUUUCAGCAGAUCUUUGACUGUGAGCGGAUGAAGUUCUCUGAGAUCCCCCAUCAUCUUCAUCCCCUUCUCCAUGCCCCUGAUCCAAUCGUCAUCCACCACACCAUCAACGUCGACAGCACCGACCAGAAGAAGACUGCUUGUUACGACAUCGAUGUCGAAGUGGAUGACACAUUGAAAGAGCAGAUGAAAUCUUUCCUUCUCUCCACAGCCAGUCAGCAGGAGAUUGCAUUAUUGGACAAUAAGAUUCAUGAGACAGUGGAGACCAUCAAUCAAUUGAAGGUUCAGCGUGAAUUCAUGCUAGGGUUUGCCAGAGAUCCUCAGCAGUUCAUCAGUGAAUGGCUGGUAUCACAAGUUAGAGACCUCAAGUGCAUGACCGACGUGGUUAACAACCCGGAGGAGGAGCGUAGGAUGGACUUCUACCACCAGCCCUGGGCCCAGGAGGCCGUUAGACGUUACUUCCAGAGCAAGGUCCAGCAGCGCCGUGCGGAGCUUGAACAGGCCCUCGGUAUACGUCACACAUAAUCAGAAAACAUUCCUCCGAAAUCCUAGCAUCUCGUUGAAAUUCAUUUCUUACAAUGUAAUGAUCAGUAGGCAUCCUUUCGCAACUUUUUUUUUUUUUGGAGGGGGUUGGGCGGGGAGAGGGUGGGUUCCUGACUGAGGUAAUGUCGUAUACCGUUUGUUAACAUCCGUAUCACUGACAAUAUUGUUUUAUGUUUGACCAGUCUAGUCCAUUGUCAAAGCGCAAAUUUCAUGAUUCUAAAUAGCAAGAUAUCAGUCACGUUGCUGUCCGUUAUACGGUAUGAAGGUGGUAUGCAUUAGGUCAUUUUCGUAACGUAAGCCAAUUUGAUGCACAAAUUGUUGUCAGAAUCUUGUCAGAAUGUGAAUUGCAUACAUUUCAUGUUGUUAGGACAAGCCAUAGUGUUUGUCCUACCAGCAACAAAGACCGUAUGCCAUUUGCAUUCUGACUGUUGAAAUACAAUUAUUUGUAACAGGUGUUUGAAAUAAUCUUGUAACAUGGCAGUUAACAAAGCUUUCCGCAAUAGAUUUGAUUACAUUACAAAAAAUGGUCUAUUUCACACCCUGUUUCAGUGUGCACAGAGAUAUGCCACACUGUUGUGACAGAAAAUGAAUAUUCAUACAGAGAGAAGAUGAAUGAAAAUUUAAAGGGACAGAAUCUGUGGCUACGUGUACCUGUACCUCAAACAUUUGCAUCAUGAUAGCCUCGGCCCGUCUUAUAAACAGUUGAUAUUAAUCGUAACCUUUUUUUUUGCGAUUCAUAUCAAUUGUAACUGUGUGAAUAAGUAAUGGGGACUGCAAACUUGCAAUUGAUUAGGGGACUUGCGAUUAAUUUGGAUCGAUUGCAACUCUUUUGCAUCACGAUUGUCUGAUUCGAGGAGGGAUAUGGAACAAUAUUCUCUAACUACAAAGCUACAAAUCCUCUAGAAUUUCAUUGCAACCUUGACUGGGUAGGAGUCUAUUUGUUAUGCUCCAUCAUUAAAUAAGUAUAAAUAGAAAAUACAUCAAAGCAUUUUUCAUUCAAGGAAUUACAUGACAGACCUCCAUGCAUUUCUGUACGGGAAUGUGGAUACCGUUUGGCUUCUAAGUUUUUAAUUUUCCUUUUCUAUUAUUUUUUGAAAAUGUAAAUAGCUUCUGUAACUAUUUCACGUAAAUCCUCCAUCUUUUGUAAAUGUACACUAUUUUUUGCAAGCUUACAGUAUUUUGCCAUUAUGUCUGCUCAACGAGAGGUACAAAAUAUUGCCAUUUUGUUCUUCAAGUAGAUAUGCUUCAUAUAUGUUUGUAUACCUGAGCCUUGUAACAUUACACUGUAUAAUGUGUAAUAUUACCGAUAUGUUAAAAAAUGAUGUACAUGUAUUAGGUUAGCGUAUAAGUAGUGUAUUGACAUGUAUGUUGUAGACAACCUCUGAACUCUAGAGGCUCCAUGGAAAAAAAAAUGAAAUGUUGCGUUAUUAUUUUUGUUUGUUUUAGUUUCUCUUUAAGUGCAUUUAAUAAGUAAUUUGUGUAUUAUGUCUCUAUAAGCUGUAGAUCUACAGCCCAAUUUCAGGGAAUCCAUAUAUCAGAGCCCUGUUUCAUGAAACUUGUUAUCAAGAACAAGUUCCAAUAACUGUUAUAAGCUACUAAAAUCGUGGCAUUUAAUUGGCUGAUAGCAAAUUUGUCAUAAAUUUUAGCAUUGUUUAUUGAUAACAAAAUUUAUGAAACAGCGCCUUGGUUGUAUGCCAUGGUUUUAUAGUGCAGUCUAUGCUAUUGUGAGGGACAGGUUUGGACGGGUCAGUUUUAUUUCUUUAAGUUAUGGAAAUUUUUCAUACUGAUUUAACUGAUUUCAUUGAGGGCAUGCAAAUACAAAAAAUUGCAUAAUGAUGGCAAAAGAAAGACUGUAAAUCAUUGAAAUCAACACAAUAGCUGAUGAAAGUGUAAAUUACAGAUAAGCUACCGGUAACUACAUUCUUUGUCUUUAAACUUGUAAAAUGUAAUAAACCAAUUUGACUUUAUUAUUUCACUUUCUUUUCAUAAUUUAGUUUCAUAUUGUUAGAAAAGAUGCAUGUGUAUGAUAAAUGAUUAAAUAAAGACUCCAAAUGUCCUUUCUAAAAAA